AUGGAGAGAAUACUCUCCACCGGGGAGAAGGACGCCUUCAAACGGGAUGGAUACCUCAUUCUCUCGGAUCUGUUGACCUCCGCCGAGACGACCGAUCUGCAGAGUUGGGCGCAAGAAGUGCACGACUGGCCGAACGAGGAACAUUCGCCAUGGAUGGCCUACGCCGAAAUCAACGCCCAAGGCAAGCAAGUGCUCUGCCGAACAGAGAACUACGCCGCCUCCCAUCAAGGCCUGAACGCCCUUCUGCGCAGCGACAAACUCCUUGGCGUCCUGCGCCAACUAUCUGGUGAAGACAUGGUCCUCUUCAAAGAGAAAAUCAACUACAAACUCGCCGGCAGCGGCGGUUUCGCCGCACACAUCGACGCAACAGCCUACACGCACGUCAAGAAGAUCCAGCAUCUCGCCAUUCUCCUCGCCGUAGAUGCCUCCAUGCCCUCCAACGGCGGCCUGGAAGUCGUCCCGGGAAGCCACAAGACCUCCAUCCCCCUCGGCGACGACAAUUGCAUUUCUCCGUCCUGGAUAUCUCAACAAAAUUGGCUUCCCAUCAGCCUCGCCCCCGGCCAAGUCCUCAUCUUCGGCAGCUACCUCGCGCAUAGAAGUGGCGCCAACACCAGCGAAAAGGAUCGCAAGGCGUUGUAUGCGACUUACAAUGUGAGGCGCGAAGGGGAUCUUCAUGAUGAGUAUUAUGCCAGGAGGAAAGUGGAGUUUCCUCCCACGCAUUUGAGGAAGAAGGGGGACAGGUUCGAUGAGGGGGCGAUGAGGUAUGCGUAUGGGAGUCCGAUGUUGAGUGUUGAGUUGGGGAAGCAAUUGGUUGUGUGA